UUCCUUUCUAAAAUUGCCACUGGCUCAUCUACCUCAGACCAAUCCGCUCCGCCAGUCCAGCUCCGGGCAACGAAUCUCGACGGCGGCGGUGCCCCAAGCUUGCUGCCGUGAUGCUGCCGAGGCGUCUUCUCGUCGCCGGCCUCCUGCGGUCAACCUCCACUUCUUCCCCCGUUUACCCAAGGCCAGAGAAUGUCAGAGAAAGGUUCCUUUCAAGUUGGUGUUAUUCUGACAGCACCAGGCGUCAGACUUAUGGAGGAGCAGGGUCAACAGCUAAGAUGCUGGAUCCCUUUGCACUGGUUAAAGAUGAAGUGUCGGAAAUCUCGAACAGACUGCGUUCGACGGUGGUAUCGGAGGUACCUGAAUUGACAUCAGCAGCUGGAUACUUCUUCAGAGCUGGAGCUGAAGGGAAAAGAACAUGCCCCACUGUUCUACUAUUGAUGGCCUCGGCUAUACGAACAGACACUCCUGACUCCAUUGUUGGUUCAAGGAACGAGCUUCGUGCAAGACAGAUGCGCAUUGCUGAGAUAACUGAAAUGAUUCAUGUAGCAAGCCUUAUCCAUGAUGAUGUUCUGGAUGUUGCUGAUACCAGACGUGGUAUGGAUUCCCUGAACUCUGCAGUGGGAAACAAGCUUGCGGUAUUGGCCGGUGAUUUCCUACUUUUCAGGGCAUUUUCUGCUGCCGGGUCUCUUGGCAAUACUGAGGUUGUAUCUUUACUAGCAACAGCUCUAAAUAGCCUUGUGACGGGUGAGCUGAUGCAGAUGGCCAUAACUCCAGCACAACGCUGCAGCAUGGAUUACUAUUUGCAGAAGACAUACUACAAGACAGCUGCAUUGAUUUCAAAUAGCUGCAAAGCCGUUGCAGUUAUCGCUGGCCAAACAGCAGAGGUUGCAGCCCUUGCUUAUCAGUAUGGCAGGCACUUGGGUAUAGCAUAUCAGCUGAUCGACGACAUCCUUGAUUUCACGGGCACAUCCGCUUCACUAGGCAAAGGCUCCUUGUCUGAUACCCAUCAAGGAAUCGUGACCGCUCCUCUGUUGUUCGCAAUGGAAGAGUUCCCUGAACUACGUGAGAGUGUAGAGCGUGGAUUCGAUGACCCUUCAGAUGUUGCUACUGCCCUCGAAUACCUUGCGAAAAGCCAGGGAAUCGAGAGGACAAGGUUGUUUGCUACUGGACACGUGAAACUGGCAGCACGCGCAAUCGAUGCGCUUCCUGAGGUUGGGGACAGAGUUGCGCUGAUCUCGAGGCAAGCACUCAAAGACCUUGCUCAGAAGCUCAUCAGGAGAACAAAGUGAAGCGAGAAUAUGCGAUACAUCGAUAAACAUGCCUUAUUUGUAGCUUUGAUGCAUGUUUAUGUCCCUGACGGUAUCUUUUACUGAUGGAGUACAGCAGACGUGGAUAGGAGAUAAGGAGAUUUAUCUCUCUCUCUCUCUCUCUCUCUCUCUCUCUUGCUCCCAUAUUGUCAGCAGCUAUUUAUCACUAGUCCAAAAGCUAAGGUGCUUCACGGAUCUGCGCCCUUGGACAGAUUCAGAUGAGUUUUUUUUUUGCGGGUAGAUGAGUUGACUUGUCAGGACUAAUUCAGUGAUUGUUUGAGGAAGAAAGCUAUUCCAUCU